GGCGACACCUGCGCGCGGCGGCGGGCGGCAGUGUGGCACCAUGGCGUCGCUUUUCAGCGGGGCCCUGCAGCUGACGGACCUGGACGACUUCAUCGCGCCGUCUCAGGAUUGCAUCAAGCCCAUGAGGGUGGAUAAGAGGCCAGGAAGUGGCGUGGCCAAGAUCCACAUCAAAGAUGACGGGAGUUACUUCCAAGUCAGUCAGGAUGGAGGGACGAAGAAGCUGGAGAGGGCCAAGAUCUCACUGGACGACUGCCUGGCGUGCAGUGGCUGCGUCACUUCGGCAGAGACCGUGCUCAUCACUCAGCAGAGCCACGAGGAGCUGCGGAAGGUUCUAGGUGCUAAUAAGAUGGUGGCGCCCGAUCAGCAGAGGCUGGUUGUCAUCUCAGUCUCUCCCCAGUCCAGAGCGUCGCUUGCUGUGAGAUUUCAGCUGAAUCCUACAGACACCGCCAGGAAAUUAACUGCAUUCUUUAAAAAAAUAGGGGCACACUAUGUGUUUGAUACCACCUUCUCGAGGAACUUCAGCCUCCUCGAGAGCCAGUGGGAGUUCGUGCGGCGAUUCCGAGCACAAGCUGAUUCCAAGCAGGCCUUGCCCGUGCUGACUUCCGCCUGCCCAGGCUGGAUCUGCUAUGCGGAGAAGACCCACGGGAACGUCCUCCUCCCCUAUAUCAGCACCGCCCGGUCCCCGCAGCAGGUCAUGGGCUCCCUGGUCAAGGACUUCUUCUCCCAGCAGCAGCAUUUGACCCCCGACAAGAUCUACCACGUGACGGUGAUGCCCUGCUAUGACAAAAAGCUGGAAGCCUCCAGACCCGACUUCUUCAGCCAAGAGCACCAGACACGUGAUGUGGACUGUGUCAUCACAACAGGAGAAGUCUUCAAGCUGCUGGAAGAAGAAGGGGUCUCGCUGUCAGAGCUGGAGCCGGCUCCCCUGGACAGUCUGUGCAGCAGUGUAUCUGCCCAGGAGCCUACCAGCCAUCAGGGUGGGGGCUCAGGGGGCUACCUGGAGCACGUGUUCCGGCAUGCAGCCCAGGAGCUCUUUGGAAUCCACGUCACUGAAGUCACCUACAAACCCCUGAGGAACAAGGACCUCCAGGAGGUGACUCUGGAGAGGGAGGGCCAGGUCCUGCUGCACUUCGCCGCGGCCUACGGCUUCCGCAACAUCCAGAACCUGGUGCAAAAGAUCAAGCGAGGGCGCUGCCCAUACCACUAUGUGGAGGUCAUGGCCUGCCCUGCAGGCUGCUUGAAUGGUGGAGGCCAGCUCAAGGCCCCUGACAUGCCUGGCAAGGAGCUUCUCCAGCAGGUUGAGAGCCUAUACAGCAUGGUCAGGACCGAGGCACCAGAGGACGCACCUGGGGUCCAAGAGCUGUAUGGGCACUGGCUGCAGGGCGAGGGCUCAGAGCAGGCCAGCCGCCUGCUGCACACAAGCUACCACGCGGUGGAAAAGGCUGGCUCCAGCCUCAGCAUCAGGUGGUAGGAGGCCUCAAGGAUCCACCCAGCCCAACACAGCCAGCACCGUGACUCCCAGGAAGGCAUGUGGAGUCUCCAGCAGGGAAGUCACCCGAGACCCCAGGGCACACCCCCAAAAUGCUGGAUGAGAUGUGGCGACAUUGGGACCCACAUAGAGAUGGGACUCAGGACC